AUGUUGGACGGGAGCGAUGGAAAGAUGGCGGCGGCCAUGGUACAAAUGUCAUGUUUGUACCGAGGUAUGUUGGCGGUCAGGGCCACCGGCAUCAGGACUCUGAUCCCCGGGCUGGUCCCGGCGCAGUUCCGAGCCUUCUCAGUACGGAAGGAGCCGGACCUGGAGGAGAACCCGUACUACAACAAAUACCAGGACAAGAUCCAGAAGCUGCGCAGUGCCAAACCACAGGAGUAUGAAGCCCGGCUGGAGAAGCGGCACGAGGCCAAGAGGGAAGUGCUCGGACACUCGAAGCAGGCGGAGUUCGUCAAGUUCAUGGAGCAGGAGUUGGAGAAAAGGGAUAAGAUGGCUGCUGACGACGGAGCAUCAGGAGGUUUCACAAAGAACAAGACGCUGGGCUCCAUCCUCAACAUGGAGAUGAUAAAGGACAAGACGGGGGAGGAAAUUGGCGAGCUGUGGAUGAAGUAUUAUUCGACCAAGGACACAAUCAGCGCCGUCAUCCCGACCCAGAUCUACGAGGUGAUUUUCAAAAGAUCGCAGUCCUGCCAGAUGUUCCUCUACGCUUUGCCUCAGAAGGAGGGUUACGAGUUCUUCCUGGGUCAGUGGUCCGGACAUGAGCUCCACUUCACCUCCCUCAUCAACGUCCAGACGCUAGGAGAGAACGCUCCCAGUCAGCUGAUCCUCUACCACUACCCAGACCUGAAGGAGGAGAAAGGCCUGGUCCUCAUGACGGCUGAGAUGGACCCCAAGUUCAUAACCGUUCACCAGGCUCAGUGCUUGGCCAAUCAGGUGCAGCUGUUCUACGGCACGCAGAGGCAGGAGACGUUCCGGUUGGUCGAGACAUUUAACCACCACCCUGCGGAGUUCAAACACAUGUCGGUGAUAGCGGAGCUCGAACAGAGCGGCUUGGGACCAGCGGUGGCCCCCGGCGGAUCGUAGGGAGACCAGAGACGGGCCGAACUCGGAUUCCCAGGAACUGUUGGUCGUCAUUCGACAUGUGCUUCUUUGCUCGGCACUUUCCAUUGGGAUGCACCUAUUCUUCAGACUGUAUAUAAAGUUUGCAGCAGUGGCUGUGAUUUAAAGGAGCAUCAGAAGCUUCUCAUGGACUCUGUGCGGGACUUGUGCAUACAUUUGUAACCACAGGAGAGCAAUGUGGUCUUGAUCAGAUCUAUAAUAAAAAAUGUGUCCUACCCUCCAUAUUAGACUGGAGCAGAAAGACUUUGUCAGUCCAGUAGCUGUCCCUGAAAACCCACAUGACAUUAAAUAAAUCAUCUUCAAAACCCCAAAUCUUUAAAUCUGACUGCUUUCAUGCUGAAUAAUCCAAAUAAUUCUUCUUUUGAAACAUAGGGCAUGUGUUGAUUUGUCACUGAGCUGUGUGAAUGGACCACAUGACUGUAAAAUUGUUAAUGUUGUGCAGGUGACACACACAGUUCUGUGCUCAUUUGGUGUAAGUCCAGUCUCUGGUGCACAGUAAUUAUUGAAAGGUGUUUAUACUGUCAUCUACACUGAAUGUGUUCAGAGGAUGAGUGUGGUAGACAUUCAGUUUGCCAAACUGAAUUUUCCAGGGCCAAAUAAUCCCAGUUUGUUACAACUUCUGUGUCAUUGCCAUAGUUUUGGCCAUGAGUCCGAUCUGUAAUAACCUUCAUAGACACCAGUUUAAUUGUUCAAAUCUGAGGACUGAAUUGUACAACCUGUCUAAUUGUGUGACUGCUCAUGUUUUUGCUCCAUUUGCUCCACCUUUAACCCACAGUGUCUUAAUGAUGCUGCCGCUGGAGGCAACCAAGUCUCUUGGAUUAUUGUCACAAAGCUGAAAACUGAACAGUUUUUUCUGAACUCAAGAAAACUGACGCUACAAACAUAUGCUGAUCUCACAGAAUAUGAUGCUUUGCUGUAGAUUGAAGUAGCCAACAGUAUAUAAAGUAGUUAAAAUGAGCCCAACCUUAAACACCUGCAGCAGUAAUAUCAGAUGUAACAGGAAAACACUGACAGGGAACAUUUUACUGAUAAUACUUACAUUCUUUAUCUCAAGAAAGGUUUUACCUGCAGGACUUUUACUUGUAGUUAACUAAAAAAGGUCGAAAUAGUUGGAGACAGAAUGAAGGUGGAAACUUCCUCUCCUGUCAUGCUGGCUGUAUAUAACUGUCACGGGGUUCUGGUACCGCCUUCAGAAAAAGGUAAAGAAAAAACAAUGGCGUAGACGAAAUGUAGGUUGGUGUCCUUUAUUUGCCGGCCUCCCAAGGUGUGCACUGUGCAAACUAUUUACAAGUGACAAAAACAAAAAAAAAAAUAA